AUGGCAGCCGAAAAGGUGUUCAGUGUGGACGAUGUCGCUUCCCACAAAGACAGAACUGACCUAUGGGUCAUAAUUCACGGAAAAGUCUACGACCUUACUAAAUAUGUGCGAGAUCACCCUGGUGGUGCGGAUGUCCUUUAUGAUGUUGCUGGAGCCGAUGCGUCCGAAGCGUAUGACGAAGUCGGCCAUUCAGAAGAUGCGGAUGAGAUUCUGAAGACUUUUUUGAUUGGCACAGUUAAGGAUGCCCAAGAGGUCAAAGCCCCCAAAAAGGUUGUCCGCCUCAUCCAGGCAACUACACCGAAGAAGGAGAACACUACAGAGUCGGGUUCUUCCGCUGGCUCUGUGACCUUAGUUAUCGGCUCUAUUGCUGGUGGCGCGGCGCUCUACGUUGCCUCCCUGCACAAUUUCAAGCUCCCAAAUCUGGUAUCAAAGCUUCAUUUGCCCUCUGCGGGCUUGCUACGAUCCACCCCGACUUUUGCCCUGCCACAAGGAGGAUUCCUCACCGGGUUUACUGCUGCUACCUCUCUCUGUGUCACUAUUGGUGCCGUUAUUGCAGCUAAGCUUUCAAAAUUCACUCAGAUUGAGUCUGGAUUUACCAAAUACCCUUCGCAUUUGAAGAGCCAGCCUGUGGUGAAGGCGGAUCCUGGACUUGCCCGCGGUUUCCUACAGCCUAAGGAAUACCAGGCCCUUCCCCUGGUCAAGAAAGAGCAGCUUUCCCCGAAUGUCUUCCGCUUUGUGUACCAGCUGCCGAACCAAACUGAUGUCGUUGGCAUUCCAAUCGGUCAGCAUUGUGCUAUCAAAGCCAAUAUCGAAGGAAAAGACGUCGCCCGAUCCUACACCCCAACCUCCAAUAAUACAGACCUGGGUAGGCUGGAGUUGGUUAUCAAGUGUUACCCCGACGGCCUCCUAACUGGAAAGUAUCUCGCCAAUCUGAAGGUCGGCGAUAAGACUCUCUUCCGCGGGCCUAAGGGUGCAAUGAAGUAUAAGAAAGGCCUCUGCAAAAAGAUUGGAAUGGUUGCUGGCGGUACUGGAAUCACGCCUAUGUACCAGCUUAUUCGCGCUAUUUGCCAAGAUGAAACCGACACAACGGAGGUUAGUCUAAUCCUCGCCAACCGCAGCGAAGAGGACAUUCUUCUGCGAAAGGAACUCGAGGCAUUUGCGAAUAAUUAUCCUAAGAACUUCAAGCUUUGGUAUAUGCUCGACAAGCCGCCGCAGAACUGGGCCUACGGCAAGGGCUUCGUCACCCAGGCUGUUAUGACUGCCAAACUCCCGGCACCUUCUCCAGACACCAAAGUUAUGCUCUGUGGACCUCCUGGUAUGGUCAAGGCUGCCCAGAAUGCUUUGGUCUCCAUGGGUUUCCAGGCCCCUGGAUCCAUUACGAAGAUGACGGAUCAAAUGUUCCUCUUUUAG